UUCCGGCAUCAUGGCAGCCUCCUGUCCUGAGGACUGGCCUGCAGACCCCAGCGGGAAGAGGCAAAAGUUCGGAAGCCGGUUCCUGAGCGAUCCGGCGCGCAUCUUCCACCAUAAUGCCUGGGACAAUGUGGAGUGGUCAGAAGAGCAAGCCGCGGCGGCGGAGAGGAAAGUCUGCGAGAACAGUGCCCAGCGGGUGCCCCAGGAGAAGCAAGUUGAUUAUGAGAUCAAUGCCCACAAAUACUGGAAUGACUUCUACAAAAUCCAUGAAAAUGGAUUUUUCAAGGAUAGACAUUGGCUUUUUACUGAAUUCCCAGAACUAGCACCCAGCCAAAACCAAAAUCACCUGAAGGAUUUGCUCUCAGAAAAUAAGAGUGAAAUACCUGAAUGCAGAUGCAAUGAGGACAGACCUGGUUUAAUAGAACAGCACCAGUGUUCUUCAAACAGCCUUGGACAUAAAACACAGAUGCCUCCUGGGGAGAAUAUAACUCAGAAACUUGGACAUCUUGAUAUUUGUGCUGAAGAGUUUCCUGGAUCCUCAGCUACCUACCGAAUACUUGAGGUUGGUUGUGGUGUGGGAAACACAGUCUUUCCAAUUUUACAAACUAACAAUGACCCAGGACUCUUUGUUUACUGUUGUGAUUUUUCUUCCACAGCUGUGGAGCUGGUCCAGACAAAUUCAGAGUAUGAGCCUUCUCGGUGUUUUGCCUUUGUUCAUGAUCUCUGUGAUGAAGAUAAGAAUUACCCAAUGCCAAAAGGCAGUCUUGAUAUCAUCAUUCUCAUAUUUGUUCUUUCAUCAAUUGUUCCAGACAAGAUGCAGAAGGCGAUUGACAGACUGAGCAGCCUUCUGAGGCCUGGAGGGUUGAUGCUUCUGCGAGAUUAUGGCCGCUAUGACAUGGCUCAGCUCCGGUUUAAAAAAGGUCAAUGUCUGUCUGAAAAUUUCUAUGUAAGAGGUGAUGGCACUAGAGUUUACUUCUUCACACAAGAGGAAUUGGACACACUUUUCACUACUGCUGGGCUGGAAAAAAUUCAGAACCUGGUGGAUCAUCGAUUGCAAGUGAACCGGGGGAAACAGCUGACUAUGUACCGAGUUUGGAUUCAAUGCAAAUACCGGAAGCCUCUUUUGUCCAGCACCAGCUGAGGGGGCAUCUUCUCCUGACACGAUGACAGCUCAUUGUUUUUCUGGCUUUUUAAAAAGCAUAUUCGUAAUUAGUGUUUUGUUGAUGUUGGACAGUUCAAGAAUUCAAACAGACUUGAGCCUUGAACCUAGGAAAAAUUACUUUUUAUCAAGAGUCUAACAAUUUAAUUGUGCUUUAUAUUUGUGAAGCCCUUUAAUCUAUACUUUUCUCAUGUUCUUUCUUUGAUAUCUCAAGGAAUCAGUCUUGCCAUUUCGUAACUAGUAACUGAAAUUUUAUUUGUGGAAAACUUGAAUUUUAAAAAUACCAAGAAUUUAUUUCCAUGUGAUGUUAUGUUAUAUGUGAUAAAGUGUUCCUUGACUAAACAUUGCAUUAAAUUAUUUGGGAAUUCAAAUACCUGGGGUAGUCAGCUGCAUUUGAUGGUACAAAGAGAUGGAUAAACCUCUUAUUAAGUGGUGGGGGAAGCACACAGGGAAGAAUCAUCUGUCUUUGGAUAUUUUCCUGACUCAAAAAUAACCUUAUAAAGAGUAUCAAAAUGUGGUAUACUUGUUAAGGAUUUGAUUAUGGUCUCCACUUUAAUCUUAGUUCCAUGGAUUUGUAAGCACUUCCCCUUUAAGUGAAAGGAUCUUCUUUACUUUUAGCAAAGUCGUCUGUUUUUCUUUUUAAUUGUGCCCUUAAAUAUUUGAAACAUAAAGAAUGGAGAGAACUUCUUAAUUUUAGCUAUAUCACUUCAUUUUGUGUGUGAUUGUCAUGAGUGUUGGAAACUU